AUGACUCAAGACGAGUACAACACUCGCGCACCUCAUGAGGGCAUGUCCCCAGGUCGUUACGCAGCCACAAGAUUCUCCUCGCUCAAGCCUCCCAUGCACAAUGUCCCGAAUCCCAUCAAACUUGUGCGCAUGCUGAACUCCCAGCAAUGGGCAUUCUUCUUCGUCGCCUUCGCAGCUUGGACAUGGGACGCAUUCGAUUUCUUCUCCGUAUCUCUCACCGUUACGAGUCUCAGCAAAACCUUUGACAAAUCCAAGACCGACAUCACAUGGGGUAUCACCCUCGUUCUCAUGUUCCGAUCCGUUGGUUCUAUCGCCUUCGGUAUCGCGAGUGAUCGAUAUGGCCGAAAGUGGCCAUUUGUGGUUAACAACCUUCUCUUCAUUGUUCUUGAACUUGGCACUGGUUUCUGUCAAACCUACCAGCAGUUUCUAGCCUGCAGAGCCCUUUUUGGCGUUGCCAUGGGUGGUCUUUAUGGUAAUGCUGCCGCCACUGCCCUUGAGGACUGUCCAGAGGAGGCCCGUGGUCUGAUGAGUGGUAUGCUCCAGCAAGGUUACGCUUUCGGAUACCUUCUAUGUGCCGCAUUUGCUCGCGGUCUCGUCGAUACAACAUCUCACGACUGGCGCCCCCUCUUCUGGUUCGGCGCUUGCCCCCCCGUCCUCUUCAUCAUCGCUCGUCUGAUGCUCCCCGAGACACAAGCAUACCAGGAACGCCAACGCGCACGAGAAGUUGCUGGUGCGGACGGAAAAGGAAAGGUUUUCAUCAAAGAAGGCAAAGUCGCUCUCAAGCACCACUGGCUUCUGCUGGUAUAUCUCGUCCUUCUCAUGGCGGGCUUCAACUUCAUGAGCCACGGUAGCCAGGACUUGUACCCUACCAUGUUGGAGAACCAGCUCAACUUUUCCAAGAACAAGGUCACUGUCACCCAGGUUGUCGCUAACCUGGGAGCUAUGCUUGGUGGCACUGUCGUCGGUUUCAGCAGUCAAUCUAUUGGCCGUCGAAUCAGCAUCAUCGCUUGUUGCAUCGUUGGCGGCGCCCUGCUCUAUCCCUAUACUUUCGUCCGCGACUCUUCCAUUAUCGCGGCUGCAUUUUUCCAGCAAUUCUGCGUCCAGGGAGCGUGGGGUGUCAUUCCUAUCCAUCUGAUGGAAUUAUCCCCAGGAGCUUUCCGCACUUUCGUCGUUGGUACAUCCUACCAACUCGGUAACCUCGUGUCUUCGGCUUCGUCGACCAUCGAGGCCCGUCUCGGCGAGAACUUCCCACUUCCCGACAACGCAGAAGGCCAGACUCGCUACGACUACGGAAAAGUCAUCUGCAUCUUCAUGGCCUGUGUGUACGUGUACGUCAUUGUUCUGACGUUCAUCGGUCCCGAGAACUUGAGGGGCAAGUUUGAUGUUGCUCACGACUCUGAUGCCAGGGAGGCCAUGGGCGACGGGGCCAUGGAGCAGGCUGUUGACCGUCAUGGCCAUUACGAUGAGGAAACCGGUAGGAUCAGCAGUGAGAAGCCUGAGGUUGCCCACCUGCGGGAUUAG